AUGGAGGUUGAUCCUCCUGCUAGUGAUAGCGGUUAUGAGUCUGUCGAGAGGGAUGCUCGCGAGAUCCCCGGAGUGACCGAGAAGCAUCAAGACUUUGUGUUCCAUGCAAACAUGGCGUUUGUCACCUACACCCGCAGCCGGGUCGAAGACCCAGAGGAGUUCCACAGGUAUCUACGAGAGUCGCUGGCGCCGAGCCUGCCACGGUUCGAGCCCCGCGUGCACUGGAGGAACGCCCGUGAAAAGUUCAGGGUCUGGAUUGAUGUAAAGGAUGGUCGUGAGGUGGACACGACGUCGAUCAACAUUCACAAGAAGCCGGAGAACGAGACGCCUGCGUACUUCCUGCAGUGCGUGCAGGCUUAUAUCGCCAAGGGUGGCGACGUCUUUGGCGAGUGGAUCGGUCCCAAGACGACGACGGCGUCGGAAAAAGACAAGUACUUGGAGCAGGCGGUUGAGACGGAGUCCCGCGAGGAGGCGGAGACGCUGCUCAAGACGCAUUUCAAGUCCUGGUGGUGGCGGCAAAAGAACUUUGACGUGGCCCGGCUUGGUCGUCCGACAUGUCUCGUCAUCGUCGGUCGGCCCCGCUCUGGCAAGACCGAGUGGGCUCUUUCCUUUGGUCGUCCAGCUCACAUGACGGGUGAGUGGAAUAUGGAUGAACUCAUGAAGCCGGACAUUACACAUGUUGUCCUCAACGAUAUCAAGUUGAGGGCUUUUCCCUACAAGCGUGACCUUGCUGGCUGUCAGGAGUACAUCACCGCCACAGGCAAGUACCGCGAGCAGCGGACCAUUCGCAUGGGUAUACCAGUCAUCUGGACUUGUAAUGAGGACAAUGAUGUUACCAAGGACAAGGAUAUUGGUCAGUAUUUGCUUGAGACAGCCGUGAUUUAUCGUGUGCCAAAGGGGAAGAUGUUGUAUGGGAAGUAG